AUGAUCGACAAAUAUUUUACCAAACUACCAAAAAAUUCAGAACUUUUAAAUUCAAAACCAAAGGAGAAAGUUGCUUUUGUUGAGAAAGAAAGUCUUGCAUCAGAUAAUGAUAUUAUUGGUGAUCCUGGACUGCGAAAACCAAUUGAUAGUUACCCAUUUGAAAUUAGAGAUUCAUUGAGGAGAAGAUACUUAGCUAAAGGCCCUUGUCAACCAGUUGGGCAUGAAUUUCCAUUCACUCUUAUUCGCGAAAAGAAUCGAAGGUUUCAAGUUGCUUGGUUCAAGGAUUAUGAAUGGUUAGAGUAUAGUGUAUCUAAAGACAAAACUUAUUGUUUAUAUUGUUAUUUGUUUGCAAAUAACAAUAGAAGUGGGGGAAAUAUUUUUACUGAGAUUGGUUUUAAUAACUGGAAAGAUGGAAGACGUGCAUUUGUCAAUCAUGAAGGAAGUCCUGGUAGCUCACAUAGUGGUUGUAGAAUGAAGGUCGAGCAAUAUCGUAAUCAAAGAGGGAAUGUGAAUCAGCUAUUGGCAAGACAAACUGCUGCUAUGGAAGAUGAUUAUCGCACUCGAUUGUCAACGGUUGUAAGUGUUGCUCGAAUACUUUUAGAGGAAGGUUUGCCUUUUAGAGGACAUGAUGAAUCUGCAGAGUCACUCCACCGAGGUAAUUUUCUAGAACAUAUUAGUUGGGUAUGCAAGCGAGAAGAAAAUGUAAAUAAAGUGAUGGGAAAGAAUGCUCCAGGAAAUAAUCAAUUGACUUCUCCUACGAUUCAAAGGGAUAUUAUUGAAUGUUGUGCAAUGGAAACGAGAAAGAUCAUAUUGAAUGAGCUAGGGGAGAAGAAGUUUGCUCUUUUGGUUGAUGAAGCCCGAGAUUGUUCAGUAAAGGAGCAAAUGUCUUUGGUGUUGAGAUUUGUUGAUGACAAAUGA